GUGAUAAAACAAAGUGCAACAAGUUUAGAAUCACUGCCAAUAUUUUGAUAAUUCUGGAGUUUUAAAUGAUUUUGACAAGUAAUCUACGCCUCUAUUGUCUUUGUGAACGAUGGCUACAGCAUAUGACGCCAUAGACAGGUCAAAAAGGAAGGCAGACUGUGAGAAUUCGGCCAGCAAAGUGGGUAAAAAAACUUGUGUUAAAAAGUCGCAAUUCAACAUGGGGGACAACAUACCUGCACGCAUGAAUGCCGAGCCAAAUGCUAUGUGCAGUAAGGACUCUGAUAACGCUGUCUUAUCGCUUUUAACGAAAUUAGUCGCUGAUCACCUGAAGAUUAGUGAUAAAUUGGACAGUAUGCAAACGGAUAUGAUACAAAGGGAAGAACGGAUAAUGGCUAAGAUUGAUGUGAAACUGGAGAAUACAAAGGAUAUUAUGAAACAGGAAAUUACCAAGGUAAACCAAAAUUUACAGUCUCAAAUUGAUAGUGUGUCAGAAGACAUGAACAAUCUUAAAGACUCAAUAAACUUAUGUAAAAUAGUGAAGAAUAUUCCUCAGUCAGAAAAUGAAGAUUGUAUAGCCAAGGUGAAUGAGUUUCUAAAUGUUGGAGUGAAAACGAAGGCAAAGGUUAAAAGGGCUUAACGAUUCCAGAAAAGACAAGGGUCAAGAUACCCUGGUAUUAUUGUUGCUGAAGUGUGCGAAUCUGAUAGGACGGAUAUUUUUAAAAAGAAAUCUGCUUUGAAGCAGUCGGCGGUCUACUCAAACAUCUAUGUAAAUGACUUUGUAUCGAAUGAGACCCAAAAAAUGAACACAAACCUGCAAACAAUUUUACAAGCUGUAGGUAAACAGCAGGAUUUUACCCUUGUGAAUGGCAGGCUUUUAACGAAAACCCCAAGGAGCGUACCAACACACAACCCGGUGGUUAACAAUGGAAUUGCCCCCACUAUUAACCAGGAAUAGGGGCGUCUGACCGCAGGAUUUUGGAACGUGCGAGGAAUACCAAAAUCCAACGAUCACAAUAAGUUUAA